UCUGCGAUCUGCCCGCGUUUACUUGAUAGACGACGUGUUGGUUUGCUUUAUUGUUAAGCAUUUGACUCUCCAUCUGCAUGGUGCAUUUGCUUUUUAGUUUAUUUGUUUAUCGAGUGAUUGUUGUUGUCAUUCUAUAGUUAUUAUAGUUUUAAUAGUGAUUUCGCUAAAAUAGCCAUCAUUGAAUGAUGUACCUAGUUAUUUAAUUACUUUCGUUGUUUAGACAAAUUAAAAACCUCAGUGUACACUUGAAAAUACUAUGGGCGUACCUAGAAACAUCGGUGUGGAUGCGGAGGUCUUCAAUGGCAAAUAUCAGGAAUUGUGUAAAGGUUUAAAUUUGGAUAAGAACGCAGCAACCAGAGCGUGGACCACUUAUUGUGCUGUUAAAGAUAACUAUUCCCUUGAUGGAGAUCCAAGUCAUUGGUUGGCUUGUGCUAUAUAUGUGGCAUGUCGUAAUGUAACUGAGCAAGCAGUUGGAGAUAGCGAAACUCUGAUUGAAGGAAACUUGGUCAGCUUAACACGGUUGCUUCGUCUUUGCAAUAUUAACUUGAUAGAUUUUAUAAGCAAGAGUAAAAAAUGGGCAGAUAUGAUUAAUAUGCCGUCUGAACUGCGCAAUAAAAUUGAAAAAUUGGAAAAUAACUUUGCUGUUUCAAUGGUUAUAUUUAAAAAAUUUCAACCGAUUUUUACAGCUAUGUUUAAUGAUACUAAGGAUGAACAAAUGAAACCUCGCUGUUCUAAAAAACAGAAAGUCUCUUGUUCAUCUUUUAAACUUUUCGAGUUCUGUUGGACUUUAUUUAUUUCUACAAAAUCUGAAUUUCCAACUUUAAGUAAUGAUUUGGUAAACUCUUAUCAUUUGUUAUUAGCUUGCUGUGAUUACAUUUAUUCAAAUGUUCUUAUUGCUGACUUAAGAGAUCUUCUCAACACGUCAUUUGGUGGCCUACCACAAGAUUUUGGUUCUAAUUCUUAUGUACCACCAACCAAACCAAUUUGUAUAAUUGAUUAUUUGUGCAAACAUUAUGAAGGCAUAGCUACUGAGGCCAAUUCAAUUGAAAAAUAUGCUUGGAAAGUCAAUUUAAAAAAAUUGAUUGAGAGACGUGUAUUAAAAGGAGAUUCAGAUUUAUUUUUACUUUUGGACCCGAUUAAUUUUGACUUCAAUUAUAAAGCUAUCAAUAAGCGCUAUGAACAAUAUGUGCUGAGUGUUGGUGAAUUUGAUGAAAGGAUUUUUCUUUCUGACAAUGCUAACAUUGAAAUAGGUCCAUCAACUGAAUGUACUACUGAAGAUUUAGCUAAAGAGAUGGAAAAUAAAAAGAACAAUUUAUUUAAUUAUCAUACUCCUCUUACUGGACAAAAUUAUUUGAAACCAAAAAUUGAUAAUUCCGAUCAAAGUACACCUAUAAAAAAUGCUACAGAUAUGGUAUUCAAGAUUGAAUCUAUUUUAACAGAUUUUUUACCUCAGCCGUCAGAUAAAUUGUACUUAUUACUAAAGUCUUGUGCUGUAAAUGUGAAAGAUGAAAUUGAAUGUUUAAUUGCCAAACUGGGCAAUAAAUUCUGCACACAAUAUUCCUUUAUUGAUAGAAAUGCUGCGUUAAACAAUGAUAUUGCUGAAAAAAGGUUUCACUUGGCGAAAGUUUGGUUUUAUAAACUAUUUGAAAGUAUUGUUGCUAAAGAAGCAAAAAAUCCAAAAUAUGAUAUUAGGUCUUUAAUUUCUCAUAAUGUAUUUCAUGAGACACUUCUUGCUUGCUGCUUAGAAAUGAUAUUAUUUGCUUACAAUUCACAUUGUGCGUUCCCUUGGGUUAUGAACGCUUUAGAAAUACAUCCAUAUCAUUUAUACAAGGUCAUUGAAGUAGUUGUACGUGUGGAAGAUAAAUUACCUCGAGAUAUGGUGAAACAUUUGAAUCGGGUUGAAGAACAAGUUUUAGAUAGUUUAUCUUGGCAAACUCAUAGUCCAUUAUGGGAUUUAAUUAAUAAAAACGAAAAAGAAAUUCCUAGAUAUGAAGAUAUUGCUUUGGUCAAUAUCAUAGGAACACAUGCAUCUAAUCAAAAUUAUAAAGUAGAGAUUAAUCAGACUACUCAUCAUAAAGAUAGUCCAGUAUCUGACAGAUUUAUAUCCCCAGCACCUGGACAACCUAAUAUUAUGAGAUUAGGACGUCAGAUUCCUGUCAAUGAAAAUAGGCAACCUUAUUCUUUGCCUCGAAUGGCACCAAAUAAAAAAAUAGGAACGUUUGGAUUAUUUUAUAGAAAAUUUUAUAAUUUGGCUUCUGUACGCAUGCAAGAUCUGUGUUACCAGUUGAGUAUUAAUGAAGAUCUAAUGCGCAAGAUUUGGACUUGUUUUGAACACGUCAUUAUUGUACAUGCAGAUAUGAUGCGUGAUAGACAUCUAGACCAAAUAUUGAUGUGUACUAUAUACAUAAUUUGUCGAGUUGUGAAUUUAAAUUUACGAUUUCAAGACAUUAUGAAAUGUUACCGUAAUCAGCCACAAUCAGCGUCACAUAUUUACCGCAGUGUAUUAAUAUCUUCAAAAAUAUCUAGUCAAGAGCAAAUAGAAAGUGAUGGGUCGCAAAGUGAUGAAGAACGUAUUGAUCUUAUUAAAUUUUACAAUAAAGUAUUUGUCUAUGAAGUAAAAGAUUAUGCUUUAAGAUAUUCUACAAACACUUCAAAUGAAAAUCUCGUUUUGUCACCUUUGCCAGCUACAAAAUCUCAACUGCAUUCACCGACUACUCGACGUGUUAGUGAUAGAAUUCCAAUAUUUAUUCGUAAACUUGAAGCACCCGGUAGUCCAAUUAUAUCGCCAAUAAAACCAUUGAGCUAUUGUAUUAAUCAAAGUCCAAAAAAAGAUUUACAACAUAUUAAUUUGAUUACUAUGCGUGCUAUUACCAAGAAAAGAAACAUAAAUGACGAACAUGUUAAUGGACCAAAUGCAAAACAGAAACCUCCAUCCCCUCCGGUUAUAGCUAAAAGAUUACAAGGUCUUUUAGAAGAACGCUUAGAGCAUAAUAUUGAUAAAUAAUUUUCUUUCGCUUAAUCUUCUUCAUUUAUCUUUCUAGUGAAUUUUAUACUUUAAAUAUAAAAUUAUGUGUGCUUUUAAAAUUAAAUUAAAACAUUUUUUUUAAAAGAAAUUUGUGUGUCUGUGAAUGGGAGUAUGUAUUAAUUUCUGUUUACAUGUGUGUAAAACUUUGCUUCUAGUUUAACAAUUUUUAUAUAUUCUGGAUCUCUUGUAAUUUUUAUAGCCUAUUUUUUAAAAUUAUAUUUU